GGGCGUAGCCUAUGCGCCUUCCUGACUCGGCAGCCGGGAGCCGCCGAGGACGGGGCUACCAGCCCACGGUGCUCCCGUGGCCCGGGCCAAGCCGGCUCAGAGGGACCCACCGUGCUGCAGGCAGCAUGGCACAGUGGCAGGAGGUGCAGAGCUUGGCCAACACGUACCUGGAGCAGGUACACCAGCUGUACGCUGCGGCCGCGCUGCCCAUGGUGGUACGGCAGUGCCUGGCCGCCUGGAUUGAGGACCAGAACUGGCGCCAGGCGGCUGAGCCGCUCUCCUCCCACGCCCGGAUGCUCUUCCACUCCUUGCUGGCGCUGCUGGGCGAGCGCCUGGGCAGCCCGGGGCUGGGCGACGAGGACUUCAUGCUGAAGCACAACCUGCGCAAGGCCCGCCGAGACCUCCAGGCCGAGUUCGAGGAGUGCCCGGAGAAGUUUGCCAACUUGGUGGCCAACCUGCUGCAGGAUGAGCGGCGGAUCCUGCGCCUGGGGCAGGCGGGGGGGAAGGGAGGGGCAGCCCCGGCACCCAGCGCACCCCCAGAGAGCGACCGGGAGCAGCAGAUCCAGCGGCGCCUAGCCGAGUUCCAGGUGGCCCUGCAGGAGGCCGAACGCGCCUUCCGGCACUUGGAAGACAUGCAGGACGCCUUUGACUUCUGCUUCAAGGUGCACUACCUGCCGGGAGAGAACAGGACCAGCGAUCCCCAGUACACCCAGCAGGUCCAAGCCCUCCAGGCCAAGCUGCAGAUCCUGGACCGGCAGCGGCGGGAGGUGCUGGCUCAGAUGCAGCAGCUUCUGGGGCGCAGCGAGACCCUGCGGGACUUCCUGCUGCAGGAGCUGGGGGCCUGGCGGGAGCGGCAGCAGCAUGCCUGCCUGGGGGCCCCCGUCGACACCCGCCUGCGCCCGCUGGAGACCUGGUUCACAGAGCUGGGCCAGGGGCUCUUCCAGCUGCUGCAGCUGCUGCGGGCGCUGGGGGACCUGCGGCUGAAGGUCACCUACGAGAGGGACCCGCUGAAGGCAGAGACCCCCCUCCUGGAGCAGCGGCUGCGGGAGCUGCUCGCCUACCUGCUGCAGAGAGCCUUCGUGGUGGAGCAGCAGCCCAGCAUGCCCAACGCCUGCAAGCGCCCGCUGGUGCUGCGCACGGCCAGCAAGUUCUCGGCCCGUGCCCGCCUGCUCGUCCGCCUCCACGACCGCAACCACCGCAUGGAGGCCAAAAUCUACAUCGACAGGGACCCCCCCAAGAUAAAAGGGUUUCGCAAGUUCAACAUCUUGACGUCAAGCAGCAAGACCCUCCUGGCAGGGGACAGUCCCCAGGACGGGCUGGUCUGCGACUUCCAGUAUCUCACGCUGAAGGAGCAGAAGGACAGCAGGUCGGGCAAGGGCGGCAAAGGCACCGGCGAGGGUCCCCUGGUCGUGACGGAGGAGCUGCACCUCAUCACCUUCACGCUGGCAUACGCCUACUGCGGGCUGGAGCUGGAGCUGGAGACCUCCACGCUGCCCUUCGUCAUCAUCUCCAACAACAACCAGCUCUCCAGCGCCUGGGCCUCCAUCCUCUGGUUCAACAUGCUCAGCAGCAACCCUAGGGAGCAGCAGUUCUUCUCCAAGCCGCCCCCGGCGCCCUGGCCGCGGCUGGCCGAGGUGCUGAGCUGGCAGUUUGAGAGCGUAGCUGAGCGGGGCCUGGGCAGGGACCACCUCCUCAUGCUGGCCGAGAAGCUCUUCGGCUCGAAGCCAUCUCCAGAGAGCACCCUGGCCUGGCCCAAGUUCUCCAAGGACGGUGCCUCCGGCUUCUCCUUCUGGGCUUGGCUGGACGGGAUCCUGGGGCUGCUCCAGGAGCACCUCAAGCAGCUCUGGAAGAACGGGCUCAUCCUGGGCUUCGUGAGCCGGAAGCAAGAGAAGAAGCUGCUGAAGGGGAAGCGGACGGGGACAUUCCUGAUCCGGUUCAGUGAGAGCAUCCUGGGGGGUGUCACCUGCACCUGGGUGGAGCACCCCAAGAAUGGUCCCCCCGCUUUCCGGGCCGUGGUUCCCUACACCACAGCCGAGCUGUCGUCCCUGCCGCUGCCCGACAUCAUCCGCGACUACCAGCUGCUGGUGGAGGAGAACAUCCCCGAGAACCCCCUCCAGUUCCUGUACCCCGACACUGCCCGCGAUGAAGCCUUUGGGCCCUACUACAGCCAGCGGCAGGAGGAGAAUCUGACGGAGCAGAAGAAAUAUCUGAACCGGCGCCUCAUCCGCGUGUCAUCCAGGCAGGCAAAUGAGUCAUGGCAGACCGAAGAGGAGUUGGUGGCUGCUACAGAAGACCUGGAAACGUUGCAGCUGCAGCCCGGUGGCCUGGGGACACGGCAGCCCGGUGGCCUGGCACCGCUGCAGCCUGGUAGCUCAGAGAUGCUGCAGGUCACCACUGGGAACCUGGGCACGCUGCAGCCCUCGAGCCCGGGGACGGUGCAGGUGAUGGCUGCGAGCCCAGGGACACUGCAGGUCACCUCUGGGAACCUGGGCACGCUGCAGCCCUCGAGCCUGGAGACAGUGCAGGUGAUGGCUGCGAGCCCAGGGACGCUGCAGGUCACCUCGGGGAACCUGGGCACGCUGCAGCCCUCAAGCCCAGGGACGGUGCAGGUGAUGGCGGCGAGCCCAGGGACGCUGCAGGUCACCUCUGGGAACCUGGGCACGCUGCAGCCCUCGAGCCUGGGGACAGUGCAGGUGAUGGCUGCGAGCCCAGGGACGCUGCAGGUCACUUCUGGGAACCUGGGCACGCUGCAGCCCUCGAGCCUGGGGACAGUGCAGGUGAUGGCUGCGAGCCCAGGGACGCUGCAGGUCACCUCUGGGAACCUGGGGAUGCUGCAGGUGGUGGCCACGAGCCCAGGGCCACUGCAGCCUGGGAGCUUGGGGACGCUGCAGCCAGGUCCCCAAGGCUUGGAGCCACCCCAGGUGUUGCAGGUGGGAUCCGGGGUCACGGAGCUGCUGCAGACAGGGCUUGGGGACCUGAAGCCACAGCUGGUGCUGCAGCUGGUCCCUGAGGGGCAGGGGACGCUGCAGGUGGGACCAGGAGCCCUGGGGACACUGCAGCCAGUGGCUGGGGACAUGGGGCUGCUGCAGCCAGCAUUGGGUGCUGUGGAGCCGGUGCUGGUCCCCAAGGGGCAGGGGAUGCUGCCACCGGAGCUGAGGGACCUGGAGCUGCUGCCCGGGAGCCAAGAUGUGGAGGAGCUGCUGUCACUAGUGGAGGGGCUGGAGCCGGGCUCGGGGACACUGGAGACACUGGAGGUGGCGGAGCUGAUGCCCGACAUCCUGGAAGCCGUGGACGAAGGGCUGGGCCCCGGGCUGGAGAGCAGUGCCGCGCUCUUGGACCCCCGUGACCCGUUCCUGCCGCAGCCCGAGGACACAGCCCUGCCCGCCGUCAGCUCCCUCUUCACCGCCGCCGACUUCCCCCCGCUCCACAUCAACGCCAACGACUUCCAGUGACUCCCCCCAGUCCCCCCCCUGUAAAUAAACCUCUUCCCCUCCCA